AUGAAUUUACCAACGAAAGUUAAACCAAUUUCUCGUACAAGCCUUAUUAAAGCAGCAAUAAUCAUAUCGAUUUUUACAAUUUUCUUUAACAUAACUGAAGGAACCAUUUCCAUAUUAUUUGGUGCAGAAAAUGAAUCAAUCAGUUUGAUUUUUUUUGGUAUAAAUUCAUUUGUUGAAGUAACUUCAUCAUGUUUAGUAAUAUGGAGAUUUUCAACCGAAAAAAGUCUUAAAGAAAAAUCUGCGAUCAAAUUAAUUAAACUUGAGAAAAAAGCAACACUUGGUAUAGGUUCAUUAUUUAUUCUACUUGCAAGUGGAACAUUUGUUAAUGCAAUCAUCGCUUUAGUUAAACAUAGAGCACCAAAUUCUUCUGUAGUAGGUUUAGUAAUUACUUCUAUUUCCUUACUUAUUAUGAGUUUUAUUUGGCUUAUAAAGUCCUAUGCUGCUAAAUUACUUAAUUCUUUUACAAUGGCAUCUGAUGCUAAAUGUUCUCUAUCCUGUAUUCAAAUAACGCUUGUUGUGUUUUUUAGUAGUUUAAUUUACACUGUUUGGAGAAAUGUUUGGUGGGUAGAUUCUGUUGCUGCUUUAAUUUUAAGUAUGUUAUUUGCAAAAGAAGGUAUAGGAAUGAUUCUCUGGGCAAUAAGUCAAGAUUUUAAUGGAGGCUGUUGCUGUAAAAGUGAUUUAAUUAAGAAGGGAAGUAUCGGUAAUAUUAGUUGUGAAGAUCUUAAAGAAUGUAAAAUUGCCGUCUUGACUAAAGAAGUUAUUAAGAAGGGAAGUAUCGGUAAUAUUAGUUGUGAAGAUCUUAAAGAAUGCAAAAUUACCGUCUUGACUAAAGAAGUUAUUAAUGAAGGAAAUGGAAAUUCUCAAAAUGAUGUCAAAGAAAUAAGCAAGGAGAAUUCGACGAAUGAUAAUGCCAAUAAAUCAGAUAAAUGA